CCUUACCUCACAUGACCCUCAAACCAGACCUUCGAGACCGAUAAACUCGUCAGCGGCAUGUCGCCGUGACUUCGCCUCGAAAACUAGUUCAUCUAUUUUUCCCAACGCCCAAUUCAGCAACCAUGAAUCUCUUCCAUCUAUGCAUGAAUCCUUUGCUGAAUUCACCAAGGCUUACCCGCAGUACUCGGAUACCGGUCGAGUUGACCAAAUACGAGCUCAAGGGUAUUACCAUCUCUCCUUCUCCAACCAUACCUGCCUUGAUUAUCUAGGUACUGGCCUCUUCUCCUAUUCUCAGCUGCAAAAGCAAGAGUCCACGACAUGUCGGAUUGCAUCAUCUUCCUUCCCCGUGCCGCCGCAAUCGCCUCCUCCGGUCUUGGAUAUUCCUUUCUUUGGGGUGACUUACAAGAUGGGGAAUCUCAAGACACUAUUACUUCACGGGGGACCAACAUCGGAGAUGGAAUCUGCUAUCAGGACGAGGAUCAUGAGUUUUCUUAAUGUUUCGGAAAACGAGUACUCCAUGGUUUUCACAGCAAACAAGACAUCGGCUUUCAAACUCGUGGCGGAAUCGUAUCCCUUCCGGUCUAAUAGGAAGCUUUUAUCGGUCUAUGACUACGAGAGCGAAGCAAUUGAAGCCAUGGCAAAUAGCUCGGAGAAGAAAGGGGCUAGAGUUAUGUCUGCAGAAUUCUCAUGGCCCAGACUGAGGAUCCAAUCAUCAAAGCUGAGAAACAUGUUGGUGAGCAAGAAAAAUAAGAAGCAAAUGAAGAAAAGAAGCGGUCUUUUCGUUUUCCCACUUCAUUCCAGGAUGACUGGAGCCAGAUAUCCUUAUCUCUGGAUGACAAUAGCAGAGGAAAAUGGAUGGCAUGUGUUGAUUGAUGCUUGCGCAUUGGGUCCAAAAGACAUGGACAGCUUUGGCCUCUCACUCUUCCGUCCAGAUUUCCUCAUUUGCUCCUUCUACAAGGUUUUUGGAGAAAACCCUUCUGGAUUCGCUUGCCUCUUCGUCAAGAAUUCGACCAUUUCGAUAUUAGAAACUUCAACAACCUCAGGAAUUGUAGGUCUUAUCCCUGCCGAGAAGCUAUUCCAAGCAGUGACUGAAUCUCCAGGCACCGAUACCGAAGUCGAAAAUUUAUCUUCACAAUCCGGAAGAGUUGAGAAAGGGAAAACGACAUAUGAGAUUGAUCAUGCAGAAGUAGCAGAAAAACUGAAAGGGCUUGAAAUGAUUGAAGUUUCAGAAUCAGACAAGGCUAUUGAGAUAAUUGAAGAGGACAAUGUUAAACUAAAAGGGGAGAUCGAGUGUAGGGGCUUAGACCAGGUGGACUCAUUAGGACUGGUAACAAUCAGCAAUAGAGCAAGGUGCCUCAUCAACUGGCUUGUGAGUGCUCUGUUGAAACUCCAGCAUCCCAACACCAAAGGGACUCCCCUGGUUAGAAUAUACGGCCCAAAGGUGAAAUUCGAUCGAGGACCCGCGAUCGCGUUCAAUGUAUUCGAUUGGAAGGGAGAAAAAAUCGAACCGGUUCUCGUACAAAAACUAGCGGAUCGGAGCAAUAUCUCCCUCAGCUAUGGGCUCCUAUACCAUAUAUGGUUUGCAGAUAAGUAUCAAGAAGAGAAGGAAAAAGUGAUGGAGAGGAGAAGUAAUGAAACCAAUACUGCCAAUGGAAACAAGGGAAAAGACAAAAAUGAAAUGGGAAUAGCUGUGGUUACUGCUGCAUUGGGGUUCUUAGCCAAUUUUCAAGACAUAUAUAAGCUUUGGGCAUUCAUUGCUCAGUUUCUUGAUGCAGAUUUUGUGGAGAAGGAACGGUGGAGGUACACCAGUCUAAAUCAGAAAACCAUUGAAGUUCUCUAAUUUCAUUUCUUUCGGACAAUCAAGUUGAGGAAACAAUAGCCAAAGGUACAUUGUAUUCUUGU